AGCAGCCCCUUGAUCGAGAACUGCGUGGGCGAGUGGAACCACCGCUGGUUUGUGCUCUACCUGGCUGUCCAGCUGCUAGUGCUGCUGUGGGGCCUCCACAUGGCCUGGUAAGUGGAGAUGAGUCUUCAGAUCCCGUUACAUAUAUCGUCGUUGUGGUGACCAUAUAUAUAUGGUGGUGACACACAAGGUUUGCAGUGCAGGGUUUUCUUCCAGCCAAUAUGCUUUUGUGCUGGGCUGGAACAAAAACAUCUGCACACUAUGGGUCACCACGACCAGGGUCAAAGAACUUGAUAAUACAAAUGAUUUUUGCUUCCAUUUAUCAUAUUAUGCACUGUUGUUUGGGAGCGUGGCCAAUCUCAGUUCUUGUUUUCUGUGAAGCGGGUCAUGCUUCACUGCGGCACCCACCUGGCAGCUGUGGCUGUGUGGCAAUGGCGUGCUGCUGGGGGCGGCGAUGCUCUCCCCGACGGUGCUCCUACUCCUGGGCUCCCACAUCUACCUGGUCUCCCUCAACACCACCACCUGGGAGUUCAUGUCAAGGCACCGCAUCUCCUACCUCAAGCACUGCGGCGCCGUCGAGAACCCGUUUGACCGCGGUGCGCUGCGCAACCUCUGGGGCUUCUUCUGCGUCUUGGGCGCUGUAGUGUGGGAGCAGGUGUACUUCUGGGAGGGCAGCGACCCCAUC